AUGACACCCGAGAGCAUAUAUGGAAUGGAUGUCAAGAACUGGACAGCAAUUGCGGUGGGAGAAUAUUUACUGAAGAUAUAUGGACCUAGUGCCUCCACUUCAUCUAACCAGAACUCUGGCGCUGUGCAUCUGCCAUGCCAGACUGGUGUAAACCUUUCUGUUACUCAAACUCCUGCUACAAAUGUUCCUGAUAGUGAAAACACUUCCCCAAGAUCAUGUACUGGCAGCAGCUCCUGCACCACAACUAUCAGUUCUGUAUCCACCACCACCCCUCCCCCACUUCCUCCUCCACUGUCACCGCCACUGCUGAGCCAGCUGCCCACUAGUAGUACUGGAGCUAUGAUGGAUCUUCACUUAGAAAGGAAUCAUGAUGGUACGGAGUCUGAUGCUGGACGUCAAUCUGCUAGUUUGCAGAUGCAGAAUGAUUGCAAUCAUCUUCUUGGUGACGGCAGCAGAGGUUCAGGAGCCAAUCCAAAACAAUCUAUUCUUCCGGUAUCACAGUUAAUGCCGCAAGCCAAAGACUUUCCGCUGCAGAGUCUUCCCAGCGUAUGGUGGUCUUGCCUGACCGUGCUCUCCCCCCAUUUCCCUGGCUACAGGAUCCCAUUCGAGCUCAUGGGAAAAUUCAACACCGUGAUAUGGGGACUCCGUGAAUUACUAGACAUGAUCCACCUAUUUUUGCUCAGCAUCUGUUUUCCCGAACUCGGUACUUUGUUGUGCAUAUCACAUUACAGAACGUUGGACCAGAUGAUUUUUUCGCAAAGUUCUAUUCCACCCUCCCUACUCGCUACAUCAAUGACCUGGCCGACCUCUCUCCAUUUUUUACUAAUGCUGGCUGGGCCCAGGCAACAGAAGGCUAUUCUCUGGCUGGAUUAUGAAAUAUGUCUGCCUCCAAGGUUGGCUUCAGAGGAAGCAGUAGGCAAUGACUUCAACCAUGAGGGUCACACGGAUGAUGAAGAUGACAAUUACGACACUAGCGACUUACAGUUGGACUGGGAGAACAUGGACCUUAUAGACAUAGAUGGGGAGGUUGAGGGUGAGGGCAAGGGCAAGGGCAAGGACAAGGACGAGGGUGAGGGUGAGGAUACAUUAUGGUCAAAAGAAGACAGUUUGGAGAUGGAGAGUUUGAUGAACCUGGAGGCUAUGGAUGACGAGGCUUCUUAUCCCGUGAUCUUGAACUCUGUCCAGAUACAACAAGCCAAGAUGCUGAGAGAAUGCUGCUCUAAUGACAGCUUCUCUGAAGAACAGUGUAUAGAAGCCUACCACACCCUCCUGCUGUCGGUCUUCACAACUCACACAACUAGAAUUCUUUAUGCUGCUCUUUUUUCGAUCUUAACCCAUGUCAUGAACACUCCCGAUCCAUACCAAACAUUCAUUAGUUCUAUGAAAAAGUGGAUAAAUCCCGACUUCACGUUCGAUAGAAAGCCUCUGUCCAUCACCUCCAUCACCCAGAUGUAUCACAGUGUAUAUCAUGAGAUGGUCCAUAUACUGGAAGAGCAUCUUCUAUUCGGAGCUGGCGACACAGUCCUACAACCUCUGAAGAAACCGGAGGAGAUUACCGACAAGCCUCAUGAGCACAUCAUUGGCCAUGGAGUAUUGGUUUCAGAGAUGGAAGUGGCGUGGACCCCCAUCAAGUUUAUCAUGAACAAUGAAAAACUGCUGAAGAAGUACUUUAGCAUCGGUUCCACUAGUAGAAAUCCAGUACCACACAAGGGGGCAUGGGAGGAAUAUUUGGAGCAUGUCGAAACCUUCAAGGAACACUUCUAUUUUUUAUUCCAUCAAAUUCCUGGAAUGCCAAAACGAGGCACUGAGGAAAUUUGGGCGAAGAUUGUUGACACCAGUUUCUGCAGCCGCAACAUCAUGUAUCUCUUUCACCAUCUUGCCUGCAUAGGAGAUUACAGCAAGACUUCUCGAAACCCUAGCAACGAUAAGCUCACUCUUCAUUUUCUGGCCCAUCCUCUGGAAAUGGUAUUGAGGCGAUAUCAAGCUUCAGUGACUAGCCCAACAGUCAUUUCUGAUCCCAUACCCCUCCAUAGCUACAAUGACCUCUGUGACCGUAUCAGCAGUCUAGAACGCACCUUGAAAAACAAGGAUGAAGAUCUUAACAAGUGUUUCACUAGCCUAGAGGGUUCCUUGGCUAAGAUGAUGCAUAUGGUGUCAUCAAUCUUGCAAGCAGUCCAGCCAUCCCACUCAGCCGCUGGCGCUGCUCUCUCUGCCAUUCAGCUACCGCAAUCUUCUAACUCUGACACUAGCUGCCUGAUUGCUAGCUAA